AUGUCUGAACCAGUAAAGAGUAAAGCACCCUUAACUACUACCAGCAAGAGUAGACUAGUAGCUACGGUCCAAAAGAAACGUCUUGUCUGUAAAGAACUUGAGAGUCGUUUGACAGACCUAGAAAAGGAGAUUGCAAAGAACAGCAUUUCUGUUGACGAAAACUUGGAGAAAGACAUAUUUUCCAUCCUUGCUGAUCGCAGCGAUGAAGAUGUUUCACCCCACAUGAAAUUCUUCUGGGAGCAGCAGAGAAAGUUGCUUCAAACACCUACCUUUGGACGGCGUUACCAUCCCCACCUCAUCCAAUAUUGCUUAUCGAUCCAUGCUAAGUCACCUGCAGCAUAUCAAGAAUUACGGGAGUCUUGGUUCUACCAGGUGAGAGGACAUUAAGGGAUUAUCGGAACUUUUUCAAACCACAGCCAGGUUUCAACUCAGAGAAUGUUCAAAGACUUCAGGACAUGACGCAUGAAUACUUUGACGUUCAGAGGUAUGUGGUAAUCUCUUUUGAUGAAAUGAAGAUACAGUCGAAACUAGUCUUCAACAAAUUUACCAACGAACUUAUUGGUUUUGUUGACCUUGGGGAAGAGGAACUGAAUACCAGCAGUUUUGGUAGUCAUGAACUGGCUACUCAUGCUCUGGUAUUUUUUGUUUGA